GGAUCCACAGCCUAGAUCGCCAUAUUCCAGACGCUCAGUCGCGUCACGGACACGGUUGCGCGCGCGUGUGUUUGCUCGAUUAGCUGCUCCACACCGAUCGAAAGAGGCUCGAGAGAGGGUUCCCGUUUGGGCGAUUUUUAUCGACGACGCUUCCUCUUUUUGCUACAUAAAGACCUGCGACGACUUUAUGUAGCAGUCGAAAGGUGUUUACGGUGAGUCAACGAGGUGAUUGCUCGACGACUUUCUCGUAAGAAUUGUUGUAGCGUAAGCGCGUCUUCCGUCCUUGUGCCAAAAAUCAUGGUACCAAAGAGAUAUCAUCGCUACCUUCUCGACAUGAGUAACGAAGGUAACAAGGGACCGCCGAGCGCCAUAACGCUCGGCUUCUCGAUACUGACGCAUUUUCUACUCGUGGCUCCAGUAAUAUACAUCCUAGUAGUUGCCUUUAGGAACUACAGUUUCUUUUCUUGGCAUCCCAUUUGUAUGUCUGUUGGGGUCGGCCUUCUGAUCACCGAGGCUGUCUUCAGCGUUUCCGGUGAGGCGUACAUCUCUUGGAAGCUACCCAGGCGUAACAGAGUGACAAUUCACUGGAUUCUACACACGAUUGGCCUGACCUUACUCGGGAUUGGUUUUAUCAUCAUCAUCGUUAACAAAGUUAACAAUAACAAGUUCCAUUUCACCACGACUCACUCGCAGCUGGGCCUAACGACGAUCAUCCUGUCCGUCUUGGUCGCCGCUUUCGGAAUCCUGGCGAACAACACCGUCUGGAUAUAUCCACGCGUAAGGCCGAUACUCAUCAAGGUCGCUCACGCUUGCGGCGGCAUCGGUAUGACCAUUCUUUUGCUGGCUACUCUCAUCAACGGAACCUACUCCCAUUGGUGGCACCAUUCCGGUACCGAGACCGGAAGAGACUUGGUAUUCGCAUCGUUGUUCUUCGCCGGUGUCUUGAUUCUCGUGAAACCGAUACUCGGCGCCGUUUCGAGGUGCAGGGUCGUAUUCGGACCGCCCUCGAGCGAGUCGUAAGGCCUCGUCAACGAAGUCUGACUGAAGUCUGAAAGUUAAGAUCACACACGCGGUCGGGACGCGGUCGACGUGCGAGAGAGUUGUAGUCCAGAAGUAAAAUGCUUUUAAUCGGUCGAUUGACAAAAAAUUAAAUUGCCUUCGCAGUUAUUAAACUACGAUUAAGUUUUGCUUGAAGAACUAACGAUUACGAAAUUCAAUUUCGGCGAAUGGCUUGUUCUCGACGCAACUCUUGUAGAAUACCCAGCGGAGCGAGCGAAAAGCCAAAGAUCAUAGAAUUAAUGCCAGUAUUUGGAUGUUAUGCCUUACAUCGGCACGUCCCCGUCAGGGAUGUUGUUUGUACGAAUUGAAGAAGGAGAGAUAUCGUUGUAAUAGAAAUCAAUCAUGGCGAAAACCAUCAGAGAUCUGACAGCACACUGUUAACCAUAAAUGCCAACUUUAUUGAUUAUACACGCAUCAUGCAUUUAUUACACAUUACAAAUUUACAUAUAUGCGCACGCGCGCAUAUGUACAUUUGUGGAUGUGCUCGUAACAUACAUAUAUAUCUUUUUCAUAAUGCAAUGUACAUAUAUAAUAACACAACAUAUUUAUUUGAUAUUUUUUAAUGCCUUUAUAUACUAAUUAUACAUAUAUAAUAUACAUAUAUGUAUAACUCACACAUAUGUUAACACGCAUCAUUAUUCUGAGCUAUAUAUAUUAUUGUUAAUAACUUUCAUCUCGAGAGGAUCCAGCCUCUCUCUAUUUUCUUUUUAUUUCAAUCAGACUACUUAAAUUAUACAACAGUACGUCAAUACAUAUACAUACGUCUUCUAAUUUGUUUAUUUAUUCGGGACAUAUGUACGAUAUAUAUCGUCUCUGUAUUUCUUCAUACUAUAUAAGUCUUUUUCCUAAUGCUGUAUAUAUUCACUCAAGGCAUUGUAUCCUGAUUGUACACCGUUCAGUAUAUGUUCUACAUUUAAGACAGUACCUUGGUUCUACAAUAAAAUUGUUUUUUUUUUGCAGAAAAUAUUUGAAGAAGAAAAAAACAUUUUUCGUUUUUUUGUGCGGACCCACCGCAAAUAUUCUAUAUAUUUUUUUAUUUCGAAGAAACUUUCUUUUUCACUAACUUUCUUUUAUGAAGAAAAACUUCUCUUAAAAGGAAGCGUUCUUUUUCUAUCACAUGCAACUGGGACUCGUUAAUUUGUACUGUUCGCUCUACUUGCCGAGUGACGACAUUAGAACUGUAACCACCAUGCGAUGACAGAGUCUUUGUUAAAUAUUUAUAAUUAAAUGACAAAACAAAAUA